AUGCAGGAAUUUGCAGCAAACAGUGAAAACUCGAAAACAGAGGAGUUUUCAAAUAAUCCAGAAAUUCAAGAAACUGAGAUAACACACGAAGAAGUUAAAGAGAGCGACAAUUUGGGUACUAAAUGUGGAGAAAAAACGGUGAUAGCUGCUGAAAUUGUAAUAGAUAUUGAUAAAAAAACAGAGUGUAGUGAUGAAAAUCAAGCAAUAGAAAUCGUAUGUCGAAUAUGUCAUUUGAAUGAUGAAUCCAUGGAGAUUUUGCAGCUUGGUUGUGAUUGUAAAGGUGAGCUUGGUGUUUGUCAUCGCCAUUGUGCUGAAGCAUGGUUCAAACAGAGAGGCAACAGAUCAUGUGAAAUAUGUGGGAAGACAGCAAAAAAUGUGGAAACAAGAACAUUAGCAGAGAGGCAGAACAGAAUAAUGGUGAUAGAAUGGAACCAAAGGGCAGUAGAAGCCAGAAGAAAUUCAUAUAUAACAAAUUCCUCUGCUGCAACACACGAAGAUUGUAGAUGGAGAUGUCAACAAUCCUGCUGUAAUUUCCUGCUUGCUUGCUUCGUCAUUGCCUUUACUCUCCCAUGGUUCUUCCGACUUAAUUUGCCAUAA